UUUAGCGCGUCUAAAAAUUGUGUCUAUCCCCGGCACGAAUGUAAAAAGCUUUGUGUAUCUUCGUCUAAGAAUAACAGCGACGAUUUUGAUUGGACCCCUUCGGAACGUGACACACAUUUGCACCAAUCAGAGACGCGCGUUCACAUAGCUACUGAUUUGGCCCGCCUACUAAAGAAGAACCAGGAAAUGCACAUGACAUUUUGUUAGGCGGUGGAAAAAAGUCUUCUAGAAACGUUUAUUUAGUUUUUUUUUUGUUGUAGCACUCGACUGGUUUUCUUACCAUGGCCUCGCUGUUCAAGAAGAAGACGGUGGAUGAUGUCAUUAAAGAGCAGAACAAAGAGUUGAGAGGAACUCAGAGACAGAUCACGCGAGAUCGAGCGGCACUGGAGAAACAGGAAAAGCAGCUGGAGUUGGAGAUAAAGAAGAUGGCCAAGACAGGUAAUAAGGAGGCCUGUAAGAUCCUGGCCAAACAGCUGGUGCAGCUGAGGAAACAGAAGACCCGAACAUACGCCGUCAGCUCUAAAGUUACCUCCAUGUCCACCCAGACCAAACUCAUGCACUCUCAGAUGAAGAUGGCAGGGGCCAUGAGCACCACCACUAAAACAAUGCAGGCAGUCAAUAAGAAGAUGGAUCCUCAGAAAACUUUGCAGACCAUGCAGAACUUCCAGAAGGAGACAGCCAAGAUGGAGAUGACUGAAGAAAUGAUUAACGACACACUGGACGAGAUCUUUGAGGACUCUGGCGACGAAGAAGAAUCUCAGGACAUUGUGAACCAGGUGCUGGAUGAGAUCGGCAUUGAAAUCUCAGGAAAGAUGGCCCACGCUCCUUCAGCCAACAGAAACAACCCUGCCGCCUCCACCUCCAAAGCAGAUGGGAUAUCGGAUGAGGAGAUAGAGAGACAGCUAAGAGCUCUCGGAGUGGACUAAUUCUCAUACACGCAGACGCACGCAUCUCCAUAUUGCCUGGCGACAAACAUGCAGUGCUACAUCCUCAAGUACACGGAGCACACACUACUGGACGCAUGACGUUUGCAGUCACAUACACACACCUACUCGGGGAUAAAAUGCCACUGAAGGCAAAGUUAAUCCCAUUUUCAUUUUCACAGAGGGCUUCUUAUGACAUUCACAUAUGGCUGUUUUUGGUUAAAACUUUUAAAAGAUGACCUUUUUUUUGGUAAUUCGGCUAAAAUAUACUGUACUGUGCAAAAGUUGGAGGCCAUCGUUAAUUUUUUUUGAUUUCCAGUCGAAAUGGCCAUUCGGUACAAGUUGUUCAGUUUUCAGCAUCAGGAAACAUUUGCAGGGAUAUUCUUUGCACUUCCAAAGUUCAGAGGUUGGUUGCAUUUUUUGCUUGUCAUAAUAGAAGUAAUCCAAAAACCCAGUCCUUUCACACUAAUAGUGUUGAUUUGUCUUCUCGCAAUGUAAGGAUAGACAGACACAUCAGGUCUUGCAUUAUUGUUUGGAGUCUCAUUUUGUUCUUUAUCAUUUAAUCAUUUUUUGCACACACUUUUUUGCCCCCCCCCCCCCAUUUUCCUGAAACCUUCUCCUUUCUUCUGCAAUGCAAGUGCAUUAUUUUGUAUCUCAUCUGAAAUAACUCCUGAAAAAUGAAUAAAUUAUUUUUAAAGGCCUUUUUGACUGGAAAUUAGAUAAAUAAAGGGUGGUCUAUGACUUUUGCAUAGUACUAUAUUCUUUUAAAUGCAUGCUCACCUAUCUCAUCUUUUUAUGUAUUGUUAUGGGGAAAUGAAAAGUUAGAAUGAAAAAAAUGGAAUAUUGUCGCUGUUAUAACAAAACCUCUUAUCUCAAAUGUUACCUCUACAGGAGAAGGAAAAAUGUUCUUUACUUGAAUGUACUAUAAACGUCAGAGUUUCAUUUGGACCAUUUCUGUUGGUUCAUUUAUCAUGAAAUGUCCAUACAAUGUAAAGGACAACGGCUGUAUUAAAAUGAUUCCUGAGUUUUGAUAUGACUGCGACGAUAUGCUGAAUGUUUCUUAGGAUUGUAGGGUAGUUUCGCAUGGUGAAUGUAAGCCAAUAAAACACACCAAAACAAGCUAUAAUAAAUAUUCAAGGCUCUCCUCAUAUUGCAGAAGCCUCAGAGAUUCUCCAGAGAGAUCUACCUCUAUGAUUUUGAAAGCAGUGGCACUGUGCUUGUAGGGAGUUGGACGUAUUCAAAGUUUCAUCAGCUUCAUCUUGUCAUCUUGUCCUAAAACAACCCCACUCUGACUCCUGGCAUAUCUGAAGCCUUUUUUUUUUUUUUGGAACGAGAUGCACGUCUUCUAAAAAAAAAAAAAAAAAAAGAAUCCUCAAAUCCCACAUAUAGUUUAGCACUUUAUUCUUCUGUUAUGUCUGCUAGCAAUCUCUCUGCACGGUUGCUCCUCAUCUGAGGUUUGAGUGAUGCAUGUUGUGCUUUAGCUCAUGGUGAGCACAAUGUUCCAGGACUAACUCGCUGUGUAUUUGUGUUUAAAAUCUGAGCAAUGUGAGUUUAAAGAGGUAAUUUGGCCAAAAAUGCUAAUGUGCCUAACAGUGAAUAGAAGUUGGCAGGGCAUGAUAACCACCAGCUAGCUAGCUGUUGGUGUUGAUGCCCUGCUGCUCACUUCCAUUUUUGUUUGCCAUUGUAUUUGGCAGUACUGUCCCUUAAGGAUCCUGACUGCUUAUCACAUUGGAGACCAAAGCAUAUGAAGCUGCUGGCUUUGUCAGGAGUGAGUCAAUGGCGCGAUGCACUGUACACUCCAGUUUGAUGAGAAACUGUGGACGCUGUUUUCUUUUUUCCUGAUGACUGUCGUUUUAAAGGAAUGCUCCAUUUUUCAGCAUAAGCUCAGCAUCUGCUGCAUCUAUAGCGUAAAGUCGAUUACCGCAUGCUAAUAGUGAAGAAUAUUUCCAUGAUUCGAAACAAACUUUAAAUAGAAUUAAACGGGCACGUGCUGAAGCAUGAAAUAAUUUUUAAAAAUAAGUGUUUUGAGUCAACAUGUCCAGGGUGUAUCCUGCCUCCCGCCCGAUAACCGCUGGGAUAGGCUCCAGCACUCCCCCACUACUCUGAGGGAGAAGCGGCUUAGAAAGUGUGUGUGUGUGUGUGUGUGUGUGUGUGUGUGUGUGUGUGUGUGUGUGUGUGUGUGUGUGUUGAGUCAUAUUUUCUGUUUUUUUACUAAGUACAGGCAAAUGUAUCAGUGAUUAAUGUCUGUGGUAAUUGACUGUAUCCUAUAGAUUUGGCAGACAGAGAUUAGACUGAAAAAGGUUGGUGUAUUCCUCUAAGCUUCAUUGAGCCACUGUUGAUGUGUAAAUGUAGGAGUUCUAUAAACUAGACUUUAUAGUGAUUAGCCUGCAGGCCAAUCUCUGCAUCUUCAGGUGAAUAUGGAGAUGAACAUAUGAAGGAUAUGCACGUUUUCCCUCUUUUCACUUUGUAAUUUGGAGCCACCUAAUCCCUGGACUUCAACAGUCAGGGAGGCUUUCACAUUCAAAGAUUGAGUCUGUUCUGGAACUAAGAUGGAUUUUCGAUUGAGAAUCACAAUCAACAAUGGGGAUUUAGUUAUUUUAGUCUGUGACAACGGCGACGGCUCUCUGUUUUAACCCAGCUUUAACACACAGCCAGGUUUAAUCCACCGAAAACGUGGUAGGUUUAGAGGGCGGUUCAACCAUUUUUUUCAAAAUAUAUGUGGUUUAUCUGUUAAAAUGUAAAGUCUUUCAAACUGGAUUGAUGUGAAAUGGUGCAUUGUAGCGGAGUACUAUGGAUUUCUUUACUUUGGUGGUGAUGGGAUCCAAGAGUCCCAGUGUCUCCAACACACACACACAUUGCCUUUUUAUUUGCUAUUCAGAUAACCUGUGAAUCUACCUGUCUUUUGAAUAUUUAUAUAUAAAGCUCAUAAAGGUAAAAUAGUGGAAAAUCUGAAAACAUAUGUUCUCUUCAGGGACCAUUUUGCCUUAUUGACACCCUGCCUGUACCUCUGCACCAUGAAUAGAUUUUAAAAAGUUGUUUCAGAUUUUAAAAAAAAACUUAUAUUAGUACUGUCAUUAACAGUGUUUCAGCCAUCAAGCUGCUUUUUCAUAACCAUUUUGUCUAAUAACAGCCUGUGCUGUAGCUUUUAGAGGCAUUAAACUCUUUGUUCAUGUGGUUCCCAUCACCACCGUUGUGAAUGAUUCUGACUCAAGUUUCUCCUUAAUGCAUUUCACAUCUAACCACUGUGGAUGACUCCGAGUCAAAUCUUAACAGGUUUGUGCAGAUCAAAUCUGAAAAAAUGGUUGGGUUUUCCUUUAUAUGUACAGCAUGACUGCUUUGGGAGAGCAUUGUUUAUGCACUGCAAUACUCUAACAGUAUAAAUAGUGCAAAUUGGAGUUUUUGUUCCAUAUUCAUAGUCAUAUAUUUAUCAGGGCAUUGGGAUAUGGGUAACUGACAUCUGUUAACAGUUCUUUGUUCAACAUAAUGGACAUUGAAUUAUUCUUUUUUUUUGUUAUCCAUGAAUAAAAAUGUCUUUUUAACAAUGCA